CCUUAGACUGUCACAGGCAGAAGGACUUUCUUCAAUAAACCGGGUAACGAGGGCUCCAGGGCACACCAUGUGGACACUGGCUGUAUUGCUGGUAUCCUUCCCGACUUCCUUCCUGCUCGUUUUGGAGAAGGUUGUCCUUAACUACUCUUGCAGAAACCUCUCCUACGUUCCUUCUAAUAUCCCAUCAUCGGCUCUGAGCGUGGAUCUGUCUCAGAAUCACAUUCAGACCCUGAAAAAAUAUGACUUCCAUGGCACACCCAGCCUCCAUUUGGAAACACUGGACCUGUCCCACAACAGACUCCAAAACCUGUCCAAUCAGAAAUACCUUUUAAAAGCACAGAGCCUACAGUGCUUGGACGUGUGUGCCAACAGGUUUUCAGUUAUGGCACUGGGUGUUGAGUUCGCCAGACUGACAAGCAUAAAGUGGCUUGGUCUGAAUGCUGACUACGUUCGAAAUAACGACUUUGCAAACAUCUCUGCACACUUACUCCAGACCCUCUUCAUACAAGCCCAGAAUCUGAAGGCCUAUGAAGUGGGAAGUCUGCUAUAUGCAAAGGCAAUAAAAAUUUCCAUUGUAAUGUCAAACAAUGACUAUCUUGACAACCCAGUGAUUGCUGAUGCUUUAGCAUUUUUUAAGGAAGUAGAGCUCACUGGCUUAAAUCAUCCCAAAGACUUCGUCGGAGACCUUGUAUUGCAACAAGCAGAAAUUUAAACAGUUAAUUUACACUUAUCUACUAUUCAGAUCACCUGGAAAGUUGUUACAGCCCUCAUCAACAGCAUCUUAACAUCCUCUGUUCACCAGCUCAGUUUAUUUAAUCUUACCUUGACUCAAAUGGUUGAAGGCACAAGUAUCAACCAAAGCCACAUCUUUGAUUCCUUUAGUGUCACACAGUCAUCAGUGACCAUGUUCAUGUUUUCUCAGGAGGAGCUGAGUCCAAUAAUCCACAUGACCUGCCCAAAGGUGGUUAGUGCAAUACAAAUGCUUUAUUUGUCUGACUGCACCCUAUCUGAAAAUGUCUUCUUCAGAGGGCUACAUCAGGAAUGUGAUACCUUCACAAAUCUGGAGAUUCUGGUUCCGAGGGUCAACAAUCUUAGAUAUCUAUUGCAACAACCCGACGAGUUGCAGGGGGUGUACUAUCAUGCUUUUGUCUCAUAUAGUCAACGUAACACCAACUGGGUCAAAGGUCAACUCUUACCCAAGCUGGAGGGCAAGGAUCCAGCUGCGAUCCGAAAGGGGCUGCGAGUGUGCCAUGAGAGAAAUUUUAUCCCUGGCAAAACGAUCGUGCAUAACAUCUUACGUUGCAUAGAACAGUCGAGUUGUGUCUUUGUGCUCUCAACCCACUUCUUUCAAAGCGAAUGGUGUCAUUACGAGCUGUACUUUGCCAGCCACCAGAGGCUAACGCGAUCCCAAGACAACAUUCUCCUCAUUCUCCUGGAGCCGCUGCCCCCAUACCUCAUCCUGCCUAAGUACCACCAGCUGAACACCUACCUUGAAUGGCCGCAGGACAAAGCUAAACAAGGAAUGUUCUGGGCACAUCUGCAGGCAGCCCUACAGGCAGAUUUACCCAGCCCCCCUUACGAGGGAGACAGCGAGUGAGAACUAACUAAUAGAUGGAAAGUGAAACAGCAGAGAAUGGGGACAGAAGAGAACAGGACAUGGUGAGGAGUGAAGACA